AUGAGCACACCGGCAUACUACGAACUAUAUAGAAGAUCAACCAUAGGAGUAACCCUAGCCGAUGCCCUUGACACUUUAAUCUCCGAUGAAAAAAUUCAACCGCAAUUGGCCAAUCGUAUCUUGAACAAUUUUGAUCGUAUAAUCGCCGAGAACUUGAAAAAUGAACUGAAUAUAGCCAAGCUGAAAUUGACAUUCAAGGGAGAUUUGGACACUUAUCGGUUUUGCGAUGAUGUGUGGACGUUUAUUAUCAAGAAUGUGUUGGUGAAGAUGACUGAUUUGAGUGGUAGUGGUAAUACAAGUGGGUCGGGUGGUGGUAAUGGCGGUGAUGACUUGGAGAUUCAUGUUGACAAGUUCAAGAUUGUUGCUUGUAAUUCGAGAAAAGCAGGUGAGCCUUAA